GCGCCCCCGGCUCCACAGCGAGCCCCCGCAGCCCGGCCCGCAAGGCGCCGGGGGCAGCGGGCUGGGCGCUGCCGCUCACCGGCGCUCAGGUGCGGCGGUGCCGGCCCGGGCGGGGCGGGCGCGGAGCCGGCGCGGGGAUGCCGGCGCCCGGCGCCGCUGCCGCCUGCGGGAACGGCCGGGACGAGGCCGAGCGGUGCCUGGGCCCCGCGGGGCGGCUGGCGGCCGCCGUGUGCCUGGGCGCCGUGGGCAGCCUGGGCUUCUGCAGCAACCUGCUGGUGCUGCUGCUCUUCUGGCGCUUCCCGGCGCUGCGCUCCCCCAUCAACCUGCUGCUGCUCAACAUCGCGCUCAGCGACCUGCUGGGCUGCGCCCUGGGCACCCCGCUCGGGCUGGCCGCGGGCGCCGCCGCUCCGGGGGCCGCCUGCGCCUGGCACGGCUUCGCCACCGCCCUCUGCGGCAUCAUCUCUCUCAUCUCCCUGGCUGUGCUCUCGUACGAGCGUUGCUGCACCAUGACGAGGACAGCAGAGCCUGACACCACCAACUACAGGAAAGCAUGGACAGGCAUCAUCCUGUCCUGGACAUACUCCCUGCUCUGGACUGUUCCCCCACUUCUUGGCUGGAGCAGCUAUGGGCCAGAAGGAGCAGGGAUAACCUGCUCUGUGAACUGGCAUUCCAAGGAUGCCAACAACACAUCCUACAUCAUCUGUCUUUUCAUCUUUUGCCUCGUAAUCCCGUUUGCCAUCAUUGUCUAUUCCUAUGGCAAGCUGCUCUGUGCUGUCAGACAGGUGAGCAGCAUGCCCCGGGGGCCGGGCCGGGGCCGGGAGCAGCGCGUGCUGCUGAUGGUGAUGGUGAUGGUGCUGUGCUUCCUCCUCUGCUGGCUGCCCUAUGCUGCUGUGGCACUCCUGGCCACCUUUGGGCAGCCUGGGCUCAUCACCCCUGCAGCCAGCAUCAUCCCAGCCAUCCUGGCCAAGAGCAGCACUGUCUACAACCCCAUCAUCUACGUGUUCAUGAACAAACAGUUUUACAGGUGCUUUGUGGAGCUCCUGAGGUGCAACAAAUCCCCCCAGAGCUCCUUGCCCAGGCUGAAAAAGCAACAACAAAACCCAGGCUCUGAAGAGCUCCUGCCAAAGCCCAGCCAAGCCCAAAGGAGAGAUCCAGAGCGUGGUGCUGUAGGAGGGCUCCAAGAAACAAGCUGCAUGUGAGGAGAGGAGGCAAAAGGCUCUCCAGGAGGGAAUGGUCAGCCUGCAGAUGGUCCCUCUCUCCCUGCUUUGGAUUAUGCUCCUCCAGAAAGUCUCGUGUUGCUUUUCAAUACAAACCUGAACAGAUCAUGACAAACUAUGCAGCAUGAAAAAGCUGUACAUAAAAAAGCUCUACUAAAAUUUAAAGUGCAUGUAUCGGUUAUGUUUCAAACUUUAGAAAUUGCAGUUGAAGCUUAGGAAAAUAAGUAUUUUAGGGACUUUUCUUUUUAAUUGUCAGCUUACAAAGUUAGUGCACCAAAAGAUAACUUCCUCCCAGCACUCAGUGAAGAAGCAGCUCUGAAUGCACAGCACUCAGCUGGGUAAAGCCCCUGUCUCUGGGAAUCUCUGGGAAAUGCCACUUUGGAAGCAUUAGGAACAAACCAGAGUGAUCCCAGCCCUUUGGGCAGGGUGGCUCUCAGGGCAUCUGUGGGGCCAGGCCAGCCAGGGAGGCUGAGAGCUGCAGGGCAGCCCUGGGAACAGAGCUGGGAAACAGCUCUGCUUUCACCCUGAGCUGUCCCUGGGACCCCCCAGGGAAGCUGGGGAACCUUCUGCAGGAUCUUCCUCCUGGGCAUCUCUGGGGAUGGAGGGACAGGUGCUGCCUCCGACAGACAGAAAAGCCUUGGAAAGCCCCAGAAGUGCAACUGGAGGAAGAAUUAUAAACAAACAAACAAACAAAGAGGGAACAACCUUCUCCCUCAUCAACUGUGAGCACAAUCUCAAUGUUUUGACAAUAUUUGCAUCCCAAAUUGGAAGGAAAACAUGAAGUGGCACCAUUCUGUGGAAAAUUACUUUUCAAAUCCCAAACUACAUGGGAAUGCCUUCUUUCAGAGGAGUUUCACACAGAAGCAAAUCCACAGCCCUGCCAACACAGCUGUCAAAAACUUGUACCACAGUGCUGUAAUUACCAUAGUUAGCCAACACAGGGGUCUGGGGGAGUGAACACUGUGCAUAUCAUUACCAGGGUACCUGUUCCAAAAGGAUAUUUUUGAUUUUUCAGAUUAUCAAAGCUGUCUUUUUCUUCCAGGGAUGUGGGUUUAUUUUUAUUUUGCAAUAUUAACAAAAGCUCCCUUGUAGUCACAACAUUAUUUCACAACCUAUUUUUUUUUUUAUCCCUAAACCACAAUUGUUCUAAUAACCUAAAUAACACCAAAUGUUUUAAAAUAAAGAAGCAGAAGCCAUGAAUGGAGGUUUUUAUUGAGGUGAUAUUAGUGCAUGAAAUCUAAGCAACAGAUGCACUUACUGCUAAGCAAUGCUAAUCAAUUAUUUAUUCCCAAGCACAUAUUUUUAAAGAGUAGUUUGUUAUUUUCAGAUUAGAAAGCAUGCCAGGAAAUUUUCAGUUCAUCUUUACCCUUGAUAUUGUCUCUAGGUGGAUUGUUUAAUUCCAGCAUGAAUUUCUACAUUAACAAUAGUAUUGCAGCUCUGUGACUGGUGGGUUUUGUACAUGGGGGGAUUUGUUCUUAGAGCAUACAAAUCUGGUGUUGGUAAGUGUCUUGGCGGCUUUAAAUACUUCAUGGUUUGUGAUAAAAAUGUAUGUUUCAACACAAAUUGCUGGUUUCUGUUCCGUUAACCCUGUAACCUGCAGCAAACACCACCUGAGAGCAGCUUGUAACUGCCCUGCUUGGAAACAUGCAGGAUGUUGUAGCUGUAAAUAAAAAUAUUCUCCUGUGGUACCUCACCAGCCUCAUCUCCUGAACAGCUCACUACCACAGCCCUCACCCAAUUCCCACAUUUGGCACCAAAGAGACAGCAGCUGCACCUGGCUCGUGCUGCCCCACAGCUCCUCUGGCCAAUUUGCUGGAUAAUACCAUGCAGGUGACACCAACUUUAUGAAAAGCACACAGAAAAGGCCAUACACAACACCAGCACAAGCAAAACAACACCAAAUUCCCCAGAUUUCAAUUUACAUCUUUACUUGAAAGGGAGGUACAGCUCUCUGCUUUCUGAGGUUUAUGAGCAGAUUGUAAUUUCAUUUCAGCAGGCAGGUUUGCUGCCAUUAAGAGAUGAUCACUUCAUAACCAUUUAUCCAGAUUUUUUUAAACAAAGCACCGUGGCUGUGUAACCAGCAGUACCACAGUGAGUUCAGCAAGCAGUCAAACCUUCCCUUACCUGUUUUUCAGCACCUUCAAUAUAUGAAAAAUUAGCUAAAUGACUGAAAUUCACCUCUUGCACUACUUUGCAUCCUUUUUUUUUUUUUUUUUUUUUUUUUUUUUGUGAUAAGGAAAAGCUAUUUGGCUUUGAAUGAAUGCAUUUCACUGCAUGCAGACCCAAUCCCCAGAGAGCCCCUAGGAUACCCCAAGAGAGACUUUGCUGAGUUUUCAGAUACAACCACAAGAACUGGGUUUACAGUCAAGCGAAACUGAUCCCAGCAAGGAAGUGAACAUUAAACAGUUCAAACAGCCCCAUCUCCUUCAGACUCUCCCUUCUCAGCGUCGGGCAGCAGGAACAGAGGAUGGUGAGGGCACAAACACCACACUCACAGGGAGGAGGGAUCCCUGCAACGUCCCUUGGGACAUCAGAUGUCACCUCCCAGAGGCACAGACCCCCUUGUACUGAUCAGAGGAAAAGCUUUCAAGAGCUCUUUCCUUUUCUAUCUGGAUUGUGGUGGCCCCCUUCCAGGAAGGAAUGAGGAAAAGUCUCUUCAGGCAAUGGAAGUUUUCUCACCACUGAAAGAGAGCUUCAGGCCCACAGUCUGAAACUUAAUUUAAAGCAAAUCAGUUCUCAGUGGCCCUCUGCCUCACCUUGCAUUGAACAGAAGUACCAGCUCAGCUGUAAAAGGCCAAGGUCCCAGGCUAGAACAGAACAAACCCAAGUCCUGCAGGAGCCAGAGGAACACGCUCUGGAGCUGGAGGGAGCCAAACCCCAAGGAAUUUGGGGUUACUGGCCACAUGGGGACAGCCAGCACUCAUUCUGCAGUUACCCUGCAGAGUUUCUGUCAGGUCUGUGUCCAAGACAACCCCCAGACAGGUAGGAAGCUGACACACAUGCUAUUUUCACACAGCACAGGACCAGGGGAGAGCUAAACUUAGUGUGAUUAACACUCACUGCAGUUGCUAUAGUGACUGAUUCUAUUUGCCUGCCACAUAGGCUAGAUGGCUUUUUCUCCCCUAAGCCUUAGAGAAUAUUGCCAAAAAAAGUGGGCAACACCAGUCACACCACUGACAAGUGAAAUAACAUCCAGCCCCCAGAAAGUGCUUUUAUGUUUAUUGGGUUUUCCCAUCAAACUACAAGCAAGUUCAAUAACAGAUGAAUUACACCAGAAUGACACCAGCAGUUUCAGCAGCCAAUAACAAAGGAUUGUGCAACACUUUCAUGAUGUUUUGGCAACCCAAGCAGAGAGAUUAAUACCAGGCAGCCCGUAUCCUUUUCCUGAUUCCUUGGUUUUCUUGUUUUCCCUGAGCACCAGCAAGUCCUGCUGGUAGGGCCAGUUGAAUUUGCAGUUCAUGAACAACUUUUGCAGAGCGCCUUUCAUUUUCCCCCCACAGGUUUUCUUGCAGAAGGCCUUUGAGCACCUUUUCUCAGCAGGAGAGAGGAGGCAGCAUCCAAUUCUCCAGCUCUAGAUCAUCAUACAUGUGCUUGCAUGCAGUUUUACUCUUGAAAGUGUUACUGGUUUAACUUUGCCAGAAGGCUGGAAGGCAGCACUCAGCCAAGUGGGAACUCCUUCUCUCGCAAAGAGUGUCACUUAUCAGUUGUGACUGAAACACAAAAACACUGAUUUAGCAGCAGUGUUGGGACUGCCAGGGAAAUCUGUCACUGAGGUAACAGAGACUGAGAGCUUUUCCAGGUCCUUCCAUGAGAUGUUCCAGUUGGAAGUGGAGCAGAGAGUGUCUUCCAGGCAGCUCUUCAUUAAAAGCUGGCAUUAAUUGUAAUGUUACAAUGUUUGCUCCUCAGCAGAGAGAGGCUGUUUCCAAGGAGGGAAAAUGGAAGGAUGAGGCAAUUUUAGGCCAUCAAAUUCCUUUACUUAGAAGCUGCUUCUGCUUGGGAGAGAAGAACCACUCUGGAGAGCACUGGGGCCCUGGACCUGCCUGCACUGGGACACAGGGGGAAGUUGACUGGAGUUAACUUUGGGGUGUGGAUUUAAAUUUAAUUGGUUGAUCUGCAUUAAGUUGCUUUGAUUCUGAGUUAGUGGUCCUUACUCUACUUUCAGAUAUAAUUAAUCUGAAGUACCUGAUAGUAGAGCAACACUAUUUGAAAUCCAAGCCCACAGGAAGGUUUAACCAAUUAGAAUGGUCUUUUUUUUUUUUUUAAAUGUUCAUUCAGGUCAACCGUCCACAUCCUCACACAGCCAGAAGUCCUCCAAAGGGCAAACCCUGGGGCCUCAGCAGAGUCAGUUCCUUCUAAUGCCAUCAGCUGGCCCUGACCCUGCACUCUUUAAUCUGCAAGAUUAAAGGUCACCACAGCUCUGGACACAUCAAAGGCUGUCCAAAGGCACAGAAAGCUCCUGCCAUCCCUUUCCAUGCUCCCCAUGAGGUGAACACCCCUGCAGUGGUUGUGUUUGGUCACUCAGCAGAGGCAGAGCUGCAGCAGCAGACUGGAGGCAGGGAUGCUGUGAGCAGAGAGCUCCUUCCCAGAGCUCUGCCCAGCCCACCCACACCAUCCCAGGCUGGGGAGCAGCUCCUGCACAGGGCUGCCCUGGACACUGGAGAUGCCCCAGCCCACAAGGGUUUUUAUGAGGCACUGAUGCCUUAGGAUUUUAGCUUUCACAUUUUUCAGAUCCUGUACUACAUUAGUGCCUAACUCCAAACUCCACACAGAGUGUGAGUUACUGUCUUCACAUUUUGGUCAGACAAAACAAUCCCUCAGGGCCUGAGAUCCAAGGACACCCUGCAGCCUCAGGCCACAAAAAGAACAAACAAAAAGUGAACUGGGGGGAACAAACUGGGGGUAAAUGACUUCAUUAGUGAAGCUGUAACUGGAGGAUUAACCCCUGGAAUGUAAAUGGACCAAACUUAUAACUGUCUGGAAAACUGGUGCCCAUUGUCCAGCUUGGGUGUAGCCUCUGGGAGGCUUUGGCUGCCCAAGGUGACCUUUAAUAAAUACCCAAUUUAUUCUCUGCAUCUUGUCUAGCCUCUGUUCAAGGUAGCCACCCCAAGGCAUCAGCACCAGCACUAAUUUGCUGAUGGCCACAGGACAGAGUGAUCCAGCUGCAUGCCUGCAGCACUCUGAGCCACAGCAAAAAUCAAAGAUGAAAACGAAUCCAAAGACCUUGACAAGCUCACAGGAGGCCUCCUGCUGCACUCCAGUGACAGCACAUUUGCCAUGCCACCCUUGGUGCUGCUAACAGAACACAUUUCUCAUGGCUUGCAGUCCCACAGCAGCCAGCCUCACACACCACAAACAUGUUUCCAUCAAACAGCUCAAAGCCUGCUGCUCACACCCAAUGAACCCUUAGAACCCCCCAGGGAUGAGAUUUAAAAGCUGGGAGUGCCUUUUCGAGGCAAAGAUGCUGAAAAAAUCUCCAGUGAUAGGGGUUCACGAAAAAGUCACCCUUAUGAUCUAAAUGUAGUAAAAAUGCACUAAGUGCCAGCCACAAAUACUUCAGCAGAAGUUGCUGUGAUCCAAGAAGAAAAACACCCUUUGAAAGGAGACCUGGGAGGAAUGAACAGAGAGGCUCCUGUUCCACUGGUUCCCAAUUAGCAACUGACACAGUUACACAGCCCUAACUGAUGAACAAUGGAGAAGGAAUUUCAGCAUCUGUUUAAAGAAAGAUGGAAAAUAAAAGAAGAUUAGUAAAGUCAAAGUGCUCACAACCCUGUUCCAUCACAAGAACUGGAAACAGACUUAUACAAGCAUUAGAUGACCAAUUACCUGCCUUUGCUUUGUUGAACUGCCUGAGUUUAACAAGUCAUUCCCAUCAAAUUGGAAUUUGAGGAAACACAGGGAAAAGAUCCUAUCUUGUCCAUUUACAUAACCCAAAUACAGACAGUAAUUUGAGGUAUUAUUGCACAGUGCCUUCUAUACCGACCUCAGAGAGGACUGUUUGUUUCUUUGGCUUUGUUUCUGCACAUCAAUGCUUAAUCCUCACUACAGAGGGGUUUGCUUUCAGGAAGAAACCUCUACAUGUGCACUACUGAGCAGAAGAGGGAUUUAACUCUCCCCUUAAGCUCCAAAGCAAUGAAUCCAGUCAGGCUGCAAGUUUUUCAGCAUAGCAGAAACCAGGUAGGAAACUACUGCAUCCUGAGCCAGUCAGGUGUGAAACUGCCUUCUCCAAAAUCAGCUGUCCUUGGUGAGGAUGUCUGUGGUCUCCUAACUCUUCAGGAGCACAGCAGCUGGAGAUCUUCAGCAGCCUGGUUUUCAAAAGGUGCAGAUUUUGGGGUACUGGAGUCUCUUUGACCCCAGCCCCACACACCUCCAUUCAAGCCUUUAUUUGAAGUAUUUUGAGCAGUUCCCUGAGCAUCAGGGUGGUCAGUCCAAGAUGAGAAGCUGCAUUAAGCCUGCAGGAUUCACCCUCUUCAGUGAGCUGUGCCUCUGAGUAUAAUAAAUGAAAGACUUGGGUUCCUGGCUGGUCUCCCUGAGUGAAGUUCUCAGGCUUGCUCCACAGAAAAAGUCCCUCUGGGCCUUUGAAGAGCCAACCAGCCUAUACACAGCCCAUGAGAAACAUCUUACAAGUUUAAAAUUAGCAUGAAAACCACUGAGAUCUCAAGUAUCUCGGCAGAAUAACAAAAGCUCUUUGCGUGGGAGCCCGAGGGUGACCUCUGUGCGUGUGCUGCACGGAGAGCCCUAUCCCCAGCAGGGCUGAGCUCCCCGAGCAGGGCUGAGCUCCCCCAGCAGACCCUGCCAGGGCACCUCCAUCACCAGCACCCCGUGCCCAGCUCAGCUGGGGACAGGACGUGCCAAGGACCAGGUGACCCCUCGUAUCCAGGGGGCACCCUCCAGUCACAGCAGGGUUUUCUACCUCUAAACCCCAACAGCAGUCAUGGUUUUCACUCUGAAAGAUGAAAACAGAUCUUACAACUGAGAUAUAAAUAAGGGAGAGGAAAACAAAAGAAAAAAAUCAAGAUAACUCCACAAGCAAAGAAGAAGGAGCAGCCUCUGACUUCAACCUCCAUCUUGCUUUAUAUAUAUUGCUAUGUUCUUAAACCUUAAACUAUAAGUUUUCCACCCUGUGAUAUCACACACUUCUACUCAAACUCCACACCCACAAUCCCAGUUCUGUCAUUCCAUUUUGGAAGCCUUCUCCAGGACCUCAGGUCAAUGCAGUGUUCCCCUGGGGGUCAGAGCCUGUCAGCACAGAAAGGCUGAAAUUCUCAGCAGCCAGGGUUCCAACAACUUAUAAAUAUGGUAAAUAACAAAAGUGUUCCCUUCAAUCCAAAAUGAUGAUGAUAGGAUAAAAAUGUAUUUAUGGCAUAAAGGAAGAUUGAUUAGCAACAGAAAGAGCUUCAUUCAAUCUUAAUUCUACAUAUUGAGGUUUUGAAUAUAAUUUGCCUAAAACCCCCCACCACUUUGCAUUAAAAACCAGACAAUGGCACAGUGGUAAAUCAAUGAGAAUAAGAUUAAUCAGACAGGCUUUCCAGUGCUAAAGCAUCUUCAGCUGAGUCUGAAACUGCUGAUGGAACCAGAAGCCCUGGCUCCAGAUUUGGUCUGGUCUGAUCUGAUCUGUCAGGAUCCAUCAUUGACAUCAACAAUUCCCUGCUCCGGGAGAGGGGCACUUGUUUCACACAGCUGCCCCAUGCUCAUCACUGCACAUUUCCAAGGCCCACUCAGCAGGAAAUGCCUCCCCCUCCUGAAUUUUCCAUCUGACCCCGAAGCAGAGGAGAGGUUCACCCCACGCUGCAUUGGGAAGUUGCUCAAUUAACCUGGGAGGUCACAGGCAUGUCUAACAAACAGGGAUCUGUGUUUCCAAGAAAAGAGAGGGCAUGUUUGUUUUAGGGGCACUUCUCUGAAUUUGCUUUCUGGUAACAAUAAAAUAAUUAAGACAAAGGGGACAGAAGAAAUCCACCUAGACCUGCUGGAAGUGACCAGCCAAGUGAGGGGAUUACAGAAAUGGAUGUGCUUGGCCAGGCUGUGCUGCUCUUGAGUGGGUGCAACCCAAGGCAGGAACCCCAAACCCCCAAGUUGGGGUUCUGACCUGCCCCAUCUGUCAAGGCAGAGGUUUAUUUACAGAAUCACUGUCAGACCCAGGCAGGUGACACUGCAGCCUCCAGAGAGCUGGUUUUGAUGAGCAGCUCCCCAGGUCAGGGGUGGGUUCUGCCUUUGGGUGAUGUGCAGCCGUGCAAGGGGAUGCCCUGGAUGCAGUUCAGGUGAGCCCAAGGGGAUUUUAGCUUUUGCCUUUUCACUGAUAACAAAUGCACAGCAGGUUCUCAUGCUGAUGCCCUCCAGAUAUUGGCUUACUGACCAGGACAGCUCUCUGUCUUGGCAGAUAUCCCAAAGCAAAUGCCAUUUCCUACAUUUCAGGCAGAAAUUUCCCAGGAUGACUGGCUGUGACUCCCCUCUAUUCCAACAGGGAUUCUCACCAGUCAGUCCAAAGUUUGGGCUACAGCCACUGCUGAUUUCACUGUGGUUGAAACAUCUAAAAGCUUUUCAGUCAUUUCCCACCACCUAUAUCCUAUAGGAAUCCUUAAAACAGCUUUUUCCAUUUGGAAGGACAAACAGCCAAGUAUCUGCAUCUUUUUCCAAAACCGGGGAGGAGUGGUCUUAAGCUACCCACUUCAACAAACCCUUCUUUUGCAAGUUGCUGUUGGUCUGCAAAUUGGAGCACUAAGAUGCCUUCAGCAAUCCACUCCUGAGCACUGCAGCAGGGAGCAAGGCAAGGCUGAUUUAAAAGCUGGUGCCCCAAGAGUCAGGGAGGGCAGGUGAGGGGGAAAAGCCAUGGGGAGCUCCCUUGCACUGUGGGCUGUUCCCACCUGCACACUGUAAAACUCCUUAGGGUAAAUCAGCCAUCACACUGCCCCUAGUGCUUCCCCAAACAUUCAGCCUGUUGCCAUGCACCUCUCAGGAAGCUGAGCCCCAGAGACACACCUCAGACAUGGCACUUCUUCCCUUCAGCCAAUUUCAGUCUGAGACUGGUGCACUGCUCUUUGCUGCUCCUCCCAGCAAAGAGCAAUAGUGGAUAAAUUAAUUUGCAAUUGGAAGGGUGACUCAGAGCUGAGCAGAGGCAUGCAGUCCUGGGAGGAUAAAUAUAAAUAACUCUGGCUUCCAGGAAGUAUGUCAGAAAAUUAUUAGAAAAAAAGGUGCAAGAGAGGAAAAGCCACAGGCACAUACUUAAAUGGUUGAGAUAGAAGGGUAGAAUUUGUUUUCCCAAUUUAUUGAAAACAGAGACAUGAGUGUCCUGACCCUGUACAACAGAGAAUCUCCCAUGGAGGAGGGAGCUCUCCUGCCCUGAGAGCCUGCUGGCAGCUGGAACCACUGUCCCUGCUGCCCCAGCAGCUGCCCUGUCCCCUGCCCAGAGGCAGCACAUUCCCAGCUGUUCUCCCUUUUCCUCUGCAAGUCCCCAAGAGACCAUGGAAGAAUCCAUCAUGUGUUGCUUUUCCCCACAUUCCAUGGCCCAGCUCACCCAGCAGUGCAGUCCCACCCCUGGGCUGACUCCACACACCUCAAGGUAUUCAGGGGCAGGAGCACUUCAGAGUUUGAGCAGAAACUAAUGAAAUGGGGAUAGGAAACUCCCCAAACAUGGACAAUUGCUGUUCUGAGGUGACAAUAAAUUGCUUCACAUGAGAAAACUAUGAGGCUCCUGGUAUUUUUCCUCAAACAAUUCAAUUUUAAAUACUCAAUUGCUUAGCUUUGUCAUAAGACAGUUGCAAUUGUGCGAGUUUUUAUAACUUGUACCAAAGUCUGCUUUAAUUUAAGUGUGUACUUUACUGUGGGAAGUACCUACUGCAGCUGGAGGGAGGAGGUUGUGAUUUUAUCCCAUUUGAUAUAUUCAAGCCUUUUUGUUUUCCUGAGUUCUUUUCUUCCAGCCAGAUAUCUAAAAGAAUCAGAUUACCAGUCUUGAGAGAGAAACUUGAGAGAGAAACUGAGGAGUAGCUGCGGCAGCAGGCAUUACAAAGCUGGGUUUAGACUAUACUAGUGGCUCUAACAUCCCCAAAUAUUACAAAACUAAACAGCCAAAGAGUGGCAGUGAAAGCACUGACCAACCUAUGACAACCUGAAUGGACUGGAAGCACCGACCUUGGGAACUCAAUUAAGGCAGGCAAAGUUCAUUAAAGAGCAGCUGAAUGAAAGAAACUCAUUUUCAUUUACGCAUGGCCUUUAGCUGAAGUGUGAAGAUCCCUGCUGGUUACACCUGCUCACGUUUUGAAGCACGUGCAAAUGUCUCCACUACCCAAAUCCCAACCUGUGCCCCAUCCUCAAAACUUUUAGGAAUCCUGAAUACUGGAAAAGCCAGGAAUGCCCCUCGCUGCCAUUCUCGCUGAAAACACCCCUGCUUCACUCUGCAGUUUUGUGCUUCUUCCCCUGAUGUGCACACACACACAUCUCGUGGAAAGGCAGCAGGGUCCCAAGAGUGCACAAAGAGCUCAAAUCCCACUGAGUAGCCAAGCUCUGGCAAAGUGGGAAGGAGCCCAGCACUGCAGCACAAAGCCCCUCCCUGCAGGCUCCUCACUCAAAAACCCCGGGGGAGAUGCUCCAGUUCUGCACCAGGCAAGGAGCUGUUCACAUUUGCAAAUGCAAAGUUGCUGGGGCAUUGCAGGAUUUCUUACGGGUGCCUGUGAGUUGGUUCAGAAAAGGAGCUUAAAAUAUUAAUAAUGCAGCAAAAUCCCAUUGACUCAGGACACUCGUGACUGCCAAGUGGGAAGGUGCCUGUCAAGUACUUUGCCAUAUUUACUGUAUGUUGCUGGUAAGGUCAGUUUGGGGCUUUUGUUUUGUUUAUUAAAUAGAAUUUCCUGAAACCGAUUGCACAACUUUUCCCAUUCUCACCCAACGUGCCAUUUCCUGGUUACUUUCCCUGAUGAUUAGUAAGUUUUGUUAUUGUUUAACCAUGAAUAAGCAUCAAGUGCUGCUCUUGGUAGAAUAAUCACCUUCGGGCUUGAAAGGAAGAGCUGUUUUUAAGAGCUGUGUUCUUGGAAAUUCUGCACUCAGUUCUGCCAGAUCACUAUCUUUAUGAAUCAAAGCAAAAGGUACAUUAGCAAACAAACAGAGAGCAAAUUUUUAACUGGACCCGGUCAGACAGAUGUCACCAACUCUACGUGUUUUCAUAAGCACUGCAAUUCUCAGGCUUGCACUGAGCAGUCCCUGGAGGCUCAGCCCUGAUUGAAAGGAAAUUAUAAAGUGUUUCUGGCAUUUGCUGAUCCAUGGAAGAGCUUUGAAGUGCAACUUCAUCACAACUGAAAACCUCAAGCUAGAUACCCAGGUGCUCCCAAGGGCUUUGGGGAGUUUGGAGGGAUUAAGCCAAGCUUUGCAGUCCAGGGAUUUUGUAACAAAACACUUGUUACAA